AUGUCGAUGGAUCUGGAUGCCCCCGUCCCCAUGUCGGGACUGCAGGAGGAGCCUGUCAGUGCGACGAUUCUUUGCUGCAACUGCGGUGCUGCGAUCGAUGGAACCACUGCGGCCGGAGCAUUGUGUCAGGAUUGUGUGAGACUCACUGUCGACGUGUCCCAAGGGAUCCAACGAGACGGAGUCCUCCAUGCGUGUAGGGACUGCGAGCGGUGGCUGCAGCCCCCGAGUAGCUGGGUCGUUGCCGCGCUCGAAUCGAAGGAGCUGCUCGCUGUUUGUCUGCGUCGACUUCGGGGCUUGUCGAAAGUCCGAAUCAUUGAUGCUAGCUUCAUCUGGACGGAACCUCACUCACGCCGGAUCAAGGUCAAGAUCACUAUCCAGCAAGAGGCUUUCCAGGGCACAAUCAUUCAGCAGACGUUCGAGGUGGAAUUUGUGGUUGCAUCGCAGCAGUGUCCUGACUGCCAGAAAUCCUUUACCCAUAAUACGUGGAGAGCAUCCGUUCAGGUUCGACAGAAAGUGCCUCACAAGCGUACUUUCCUAUACCUAGAGCAGCUCAUCCUCAAGAAUGGCGCACACAAGGAUACGGUUAAUAUCAAGGAAGCGAAGGACGGUCUAGACUUCUACUUUGCGUCAAGAUCCCAUGCGGAGAAGAUGCACGAGUUUCUUGCAUCCGUGGUUCCCUGCAAAAUGAAGAAGUCACAGGAACUUAUAUCGAUGGACACGCACACUUCAGUCAAAAGCUAUAAGUUUACAUUUUCAGUCGAGCUGAUCCCGAUCUGCAAAGACGACCUAGUUGCCCUACCAAUUAAGCUGGCUCGCCAGCUAGGCAACAUCUCACCCUUGACCCUCUGCUACCGUAUUGGAAGCUCCGUCAGCCUUAUCGAUCCAACUUCCCUCCAAACUGCUGAAAUUCCUGCCAACAUUUACUGGCGCUCACCAUUCAAGAACUUGGCGGAUAUCACCGAGUUGAAGGAGUUUAUUGUCCUAGACAUCGAGCCCAUCGGCCAGUCGAACGGUCGAUUCUUCCUAGCCGAAGCGACUGUAGCUCGUGCCUCGGAUCUAGGAUCCAACCAAAACCAGUACUUCGUACGGACUCAUCUUGGCGGCAUCCUUCAUGUUGGUGAUUCCGCUCUCGGAUAUUUCAUCAGCGGCACUGUCUUCAACAACGAUAACUUCGAAGCCAUCGAAGCAAGUGGCCAGUACAGCUCGACCAUCCCGGACGUUGUCCUCGUCAAGAAGCACUAUGCCCGCAAGAAGAAGCCCAAGAACCGCGCCUGGCGCCUCAGGCGCAUGGCCCGCGAGUACGAGGAGGAGGCUCUUGCUGGUGCUGUCCAGGCAUCCCGCCGCCAGGAGCAGGAGCAGAACCGUCUCGAGGCCGACUAUGAGAUGUUCUUGCGUGAUAUCGAAGAGGAUCACGAGAUGAGGCAGACCCUGGAUCUAUAUAAGACCCGGAACAAGCCGCAAGCGAUGGGCGACGACGAGAUGGAUGAGGACGAUGGCAGUGAUGACGAGGUGCCAAAGAUCAACAUGGAUGAGUUGCUUGAUAACUUUGACGAGUUGAACAUGGAGGAUGGCGAAUGA